CUACGUGUAGGCAGAUAAUAUAAUGCAGUCUCAUUUCUGUUGAAUAAGCAAACGUGAUGGGGGUUCGACAGCUCCUAGCUCUGUUCCUGUCUUUCGUAUCACUGUCAUCGGCACAGCGUCCUAACAUCGUUUUUAUUGUAGCAGAUGAUUUAGGCUGGAAUGAUGUUGGUUUCCGGAACCCUGACAUGAUAACCCCAAACAUCGACAAACUGGCUACAGACGGAAUCAUCUUCAAUAAUGCAUACGUCCAGCCUCUGUGCAGCCCAUCUCGGACCGCCUUUAUGAGUGGAAUGUAUCCUUUCCAUGCAGGCAUGCAGCAUAUGGCACUAAACCGUGACCAGACAGUGUGUGUGCCCCUCAACUAUACAUUCCUCCCCCAGGAACUAAAGAAACUCGGCUAUGCAACGCACAUAAUCGGAAAAUGGCAUCUUGGGUAUUGCAAGUGGGAGUGCACUCCAACGUACCGAGGCUUUGAUACUUUCUUUGGUUAUUAUAAUGCCGCUGAAGACUACUUCACUCACUCUACUGGGGAUAACUUGGACUUCAGGGAUAAUAAGCUUCCAGCAAGAAACUAUACUGGAGAAUAUUCUGCUAACACAUUUGGCCAGAGAGCCGUUGACAUCAUCCAUCGUCAUGAUGUAUCACAGCCGCUGUUUAUGUACCUCCCGUAUCAGAGCGUACAUGCUCCUAUUGAGGUACCAAAGAAGUACGAGGAUAUGUAUCCGAAUGUGAUUAACGAAGGGCGACGAAAGUACAGUGGAAUGGUGUCUGCACUGGAUGAGGCAGUUGGAAAUGUUACCAAAGCUCUGAAGGAUCGGGGAUUAUUUAAAAAUACUCUGAUUCUAUUCACUGCAGAUAAUGGAGGCCACCUCCAAGCGUAUUCCAACAACUGGCCUCUAAGAGGUGGGAAGUACACGAUCUGGGAAGGGGGCACGAAGGGGGCAUCCUUCAUGUAUGGUGCUGGGCUCCAGAAGACUGGGACGACAUAUGAUGGGAUGAUCCACGCUGUCGACUGGAAGCCCACUUUAUUGUCUGCUGCUGGGGGAACUCCAGAAACAACCAUUGAUGGAAUGAGCCAGUGGGAUUCUAUUCGAAAUGGCCUCCCAUCAUCUAGGACGGAGUUCAUCUACAACAUCGACUACUUUGAAUUUCCGGAGGAAGGGCAUGCUGCAAUUAGGGUAGGAGACUAUAAGCUGAUUCUGGGGUACCCUGGAGAUCCUGAUGGCUGGCACAAACCCAUGAACAGAACUGAAGAUGACAUCUAUGAAGAAACAGUUUACUUCACAGGCGAUGACCCAGUUCAAAUUUUCAACAUUCGAGAGGAUCCUACUGAGCACAACAAUCUUGCACAAAUGAUGCCGGAUAUGGUGGCGAAGUUGCGAGCCAGGUUUGAGGAGUACAAGAAGACUAUGGUGCCAGCCAAUUAUCCCGAUGGCGAUCCAGCUUCUGACCCAAGAAACUUUGGAGGUGUUUGGAGCCCUGGGUGGUGCUAGUCAGAUGUACGUUGUCAAGAUAUUGAUCAUGUUGUACUACUAAAAUCUGUACUCUGUAAGCAUAGUCAUAAUGAAUGAAAAUAUGUCACAAAUCCAUAUUAAUGUUGCUUCAUGAUGGAAGUAUUGUAUCAAACCACAGACAGCGAAACGGAAGCCUUAAUACAAUCUCCAGUUGUAGAUUAUUGUAAUAAUUUUGGAUAAAAGAAUCGUUACCUUAUUUAACAUAUAAUAAAUAUUCCGUGUGUAA